AAGGACCCAAAACAAAUCCCAGCAUCAUACCAUUUCAUCAAACACAAAGCCUGCAUUUUUCAUCACUGAAUUCUCUCAUUACAGAUUGAAUUAAAGGCAGUAGGGUGGAACAAUUUUGCUGAAAGUUGUGAAUGAACAUUGUAAAUCUGCUGUAGCAGAACAACUGGAUGGAAUUCUGAUCCAUGCCAAUUUCUUCCGAGUGGGCGCUGGAACAGUUGGUCGACAGCAUUUAGAUACAGCUACUCAGUUGAAUAAACCAAAAGAAAGGAGGCCUUUUUAUGUUCAUUUUGAGUCAGUGAAUAACCCAGAAGAUAAAAUGAUAGAGCAAUCCCUUUCAAAACCUUCAUUUUCAUUGUCAAUUCCUAUUCCUCAACCCCCUAAAUCCAAAUCCUCCUUUUUAUGCUCCUAUUCAAAAAUUCGAUGUCAAUCAGUUGAUUAUCCCUCUUCAUCAAAAAUUGAUGCAAAACACCCACAAAUUUCUACCAUUAACAGCAAUGGUUCUUCACCAUCAGCAUCUGUGGAUUCGAAGAACAAGGAGAAGGGUCCAUACCCAUAUCCAGGAGGUGGGAAGAUGGGGCCAUAUACCGGGAGGGAUCCCAAUGUGAAGAAGCCAGAGUGGUUGAGGCAGAAGGCUCCUCAAGGUGAACGGUAUGAUGAGGUAAAAGAAUCUCUGUCUCGCUUGAAGCUCAACACUGUUUGCCAAGAAGCUCAAUGCCCCAACAUCGGAGAGUGUUGGAAUGGUGGUGGUGAUGGUAUUGCAACAGCGACUAUUAUGGUUUUAGGUGAUACUUGUACCCGUGGCUGUAGAUUUUGUGCUGUUAAAACCAGCAGAAACCCUCCUCCUCCUGAUCCCAUGGAGCCCCUUAACACUGCUUUGGCCAUUGCAAGUUGGGGUGUGGAUUACAUUGUUAUUACAAGUGUGGAUCGUGAUGAUCUGCCAGAUGGAGGAAGUGGGCAUUUUGCUCAAACUGUUAGAACUAUGAAGGAACUAAAGCCAGAGAUCAUGGUUGAAUGUUUAACUUCUGAUUUUCGUGGUGACCUAAAGGCUGUAGAUACUCUGGUACAUUCAGGGUUGGAUGUGUUUGCCCACAAUGUUGAGACUGUUAAACGCCUCCAACGAAUUGUUAGAGAUCCUCGGGCUGGGUAUGAACAGAGUUUAUCAGUUUUGAAACAUGCAAAAAUCAGUAAGAAGGGAAUGAUAACAAAAACCUCUAUAAUGUUGGGUCUGGGAGAAUCUGAUAAUGAGGUGAAGGAAGCCAUGGCUGAUUUAAGGGCUAUAGGUGUUGAUAUUCUGACAUUUGGACAAUACUUACAGCCCACUCCAUUGCAUUUAACUGUCAAGGAGUAUGUUACACCUGAGAAGUUUGCUUUUUGGAAAGAAUAUGGAGAGUCUAUUGGAUUCCGUUAUGUGGCCAGUGGACCUCUGGUUCGAUCCUCGUACAGAGCAGGGGAACUCUUUGUUAAGACAAUGGUGAAAGAAAGUUCUAAAGAAGCUGCUGCCAUAUCCUAAUCACCCUUCGCAAUCCCUUUUAUUACUCCAUCUUGAUGGCCAUGCAGCUAGAGCAACAACAGCUUGGCGCCUCCAGCAGCUGGCUUUGAGACAAGUGGUGUAAGAUAUAGCAGUUUGAGUUUUUGUUUCUCUUGGUUUUUAUAUUGCCAGCGGUAAAUUUUACUCACAAAUGGAAAUAUCAUGAAUGGAUCUAUUUAUUUUUUUCAUUUCCAUCCUUCUUGUAACUUCUCUUGCUACAUUUUUCUUCUAUAUAUAUUU